CAGAAUGGAAUUGAAAGGGGGAAAGAGGAUUCUUGUGAAGAAGCUUUUCAUCAAUCAGGUGCAGAAAUCAACCGUAAGCAAGAAAAUGCAAAGCAAAAAGGAUCAGAUACUGGUGAACUUACCACAAAAGACACCCUUUCAACCAGGAGUGAAUCCAAUGACUGCAACCAAGCAUUGACAUCAAGCAAGACCAAUGCCCUUGCCUUCCACAUUCCUGUGGAACAAACAGUUUGCAAGCCACCUCCUAAAAGGUUCUGCAACCAGACGAAGAAAGGAAGAGAAAACAUCAGCAUCGAGAGGAUUGCAGAGAAACAAGAAGUGGCUGAGCGACGAAAGAAUGUGAGAACCUUAUACUUUAAUAAUGUUAUACACCACAGUGUUCUUAAUUGGCUGGUUUACUUGCAAUUAAUUGUAUAGUUUUGUAAAAUUCCUAUUUUUGCAUUUUCGUUAUUGUCAAUCAAGGAAAUACCACAAACUUAUUACUUGCACAUUUAUCAAAUGAGCCUUGCAGCCAACUUCCCUCCUAAUAAGAAGUCUCAUCCAAAUUAGACUGCAAAACAGUCUGUCUUUUUCAUGUGAGCAGCCAAGCAAAAGUCUUGGAGCAAGGGCAAAAGUGGAGUAUAGGCAUGCAGUGAGGCUUGUGCACUUUGCAAAAAAAUCUCCGGUUGACACUUUGCACCUUGAAAAACUGAUUUUGAGAAAAAAAGGACUGUUUUGCAGUCUACAUCCAAAUAUAAGCCCCUCUAAAAAGGCCUGUAAAAAAAACUUGCAAGUUUGUUGAAGUCUGCAAAUUAAUGUUGGCUAGUUGAAAGUUGAUAUAUACAAUACUUAAAAGAAGGUUUGCAUGGGGUUUUCUUGUAACAUUAGAAAGCACUUUUAUGCAAUCCAUGCAUACAUCUUCCAGUACCAUAAUGUUGGUUAUUGAUAUUAUUUAAAUUCCUGUGCCUAUAUUGAUUUACAAAUAACCUGUUUAUACAGCAACAUAUGGAGCAAAAACUGAAAAGAAUCCAUGAUCGACAAGAAGCUGCUAGAAAGCUCGCUCAUAAUGUGGAAAUGCUACUGCAACAGAGGUCCAUACAGAGUGCCACUAAAGCAGGUGUCAACCAAAACACACCACAGAUGACCUCCUCACAACUACUUGCUACAGCUCGCCAUGUUGCCAGAGAUUUUAGAGCACUGACCUCUCAAAUGACAAAGGACUUUGUUGUGGAUGAUAGAAACAACAACUUGUCAAAGAAAUCUGUAAGCUAUCUGAAGUCUCGAGAGGAAAAACGCAAUGUCGUAAAAUCUUCUAAUAACGACAACAACAGGGGUAUUGCAUUCACUGUUAGCUUUGAUGAUAACCCUCAAUGUUUAUCUCCAGUUCCCAAGGCAUUGCGAGUGCCCAAAAAGACACAGAAAAGCAUGUUAACAGCCCAAGAAUUGCAGGAGAAACAACAGAGAGCUGAAGAGAGAAGAAAUGUAAGUCAAGUACUACAAUCAUGUUAAUUUGUCAGUUUACACCUGUCAUGGGCCACCUCCAAACAUAAGAACAGAUUUUACACUCUUGCAGUCUUGGGGAGGAGGGAUACAUAAACACAUUGUAUGUAUAUACCGUGGAGGCUUUGCCCUGAGAGUCAACUUUUCUAACAUUUCAUAACGGCCAGGGUUUUCCCCUGGCUUCUAUUAGCUUNGAUGACCUCCUCACAACUACUUGCUACAGCUCGCCAUGUUGCCAGAGAUUUUAGAGCACUGACCUCUCAAAUGACAAAGGACUUUGUUGUGGAUGAUAGAAACAACAACUUGUCAAAGAAAUCUGUAAGCUAUCUGAAGUCUCGAGAGGAAAAACGCAAUGUGGUAAAAUCUUCUAAUAACGACAACAACAGGGGUAUUGCAUUCACUGUUAGCUUUGAUGAUAACCCUCAAUGUUUAUCUCCAGUUCCCAAGGCAUUGCGAGUGCCCAAAAAGACACAGAAAAGCAUGUUAACAGCCCAAGAAUUGCAGGAGAAACAACAGAGAGCUGAAGAGAGAAGAAAUGUAAGUCAAGUACUACAAUCAUGUUAAUUUGUCAGUUUACACCUGUCAUGGGCCACCUCCAAACAUAAGAACAGAUUUUACACUCUUGCAGUCUUGGGGAGGAGGGAUACAUAAACACAUUGUAUGUAUAUACCGUGGAGGCUUUGCCCUGAGAGUCAACUUUUCUAACAUUUCAUAACGGCCAGGGUUUUCCCCUGGCUUCUAUUAGCUUGACACCCUGCUACUUUCAUAAAAGUAAGAAAAAAAGGGAAAAACAGACCAAUGAACUGCAUAGCUGUUCAAUUCCCCGCCUCGUUAUUGCAUAUACGCCACAUUUUGAAAUUGUAGUGACAGCCUUGCUUUCAUGGUCUACAGAAAAGCUGACCCACUCUCAGACCUUCCAACCCCUCAACCAUGCAAAUCUGGAGUGUUUGAAAAAAAGCCCUAAAAUCCUGGAGUUUGGGACCUCAAACCUGGAGUUUUGCAAAAUAUAUGUCAAAUAAAACCAAAAAGGCAGAUGAUUUAUGUCCCCCUGUGGUGUUCCUUACCCUAUUAGUGGUCUCUGUUCUCUGUAGUACUCUAUAGCAAAGUUGAGAAGAUUCUGUUUCACUAUCCAGGUCAAUAGGACAGUAGUGAAGUGGGAAAUGCUAUAAGGCUUUCCCACAGACCUUAGAGAACCUAUAAUUUUCUGAACUGAGGGUGGAAGUGAACUCAGGUUUCCCUCCAAAAUUAGAUUGAAACAAUAUUUGUCUGUUAUAUAUGAAGACAAUUGUUUUAAUUAUGCGAUUUCUACUGGAAUCGUCUGGCAAUUUUAGAUUUUAUGAUUCACCGUGAGAUUUGGAUGCUGAAUCAUGAGACCAUGAUGAGUUGACUAUCCAAACCAUGAGAGUUGGAAGGUCUGCUCUCUAACUUAUACCAUUUGUGGAACACUUUCACAUUCUUCACCCAUCCUAGGAAUCUUUCCUGCCUUGAAUUUCACAUUAUUCCUGCAUUUCUUGCAGCAACGGAAACAAGACAGAGUUAAGAGGACUAUCGCCAACCGUGAAGCACUGUUUAAGCUGGCUUCAGACCUAGAAACUUUCAUGAUAUGGAAUGAUAAACAAUGCUGUCGCACAGCAAGUUUUGAAGACCACCAAACAACACAACACCAAAAUCAAACAGCACAACUAGCUGCUGAAAUUGCGGAUGGCUUUGAUCGAUUGAGUCAGCGGUACGCAAGAGAUUUAAAGCAAGCUGAGGAAUUUUCCUGCAGUUUAUGGAGUCCUGGCCAGUUGCAGAAGUAG